AUGUCAAGUGAUAAGUCCAGUAGCCCUAAGAAUGAUCUCAAGAAUUGUGAUCCCAGAUGUGAACAAAAGUGUGACACCAAAUGCCACCCCAGCUGUCUAAAGAAGCUGCUACAACGUUGCUCUGACAAGUGUACACUAGACAAGUGCCCACCACCACCAAAGUGUCCUCCGUGCCCUCCAUGUCCCCUAGUGUGUCAACCACAGUGUUCUGCGCCAAGUUCCCCUCUGUGUCCCCCACUGUGCACCCCAAAAUGUCCCUGGACCUGUCCACCACCAUGCUCAUGCCCCUCACCAUGUCCACCACCAUGCCCCAACAAGGGAUGUGUUAAGCCUUGCCCUCCCAAGUGCCCCUCUCCAUGCCCACCCCCAGAGUGA